CGAAAUCGCUAACCGGAACGGGAAAGGGAGGCUACUGGGACAGGCCGACUAAUCAUGAGCAUCACACACAGGCAACAUGAACAACUCUAGACUCAGAUCUAGACUUUCAGUAGGAUUAACAACACAAUGUAGUCUAGAUCUAGUCUAGAUUCUAGGCUUUUUGAUCAACUUUUCCUGCCUUACACUGGUGCUCAUCAUGUGUUUUUCUUGUGGUUUUGGAUAUUUUAAUGAUUUCAAUUUGUAUAUGACAAAAGGGCAGGAGAGUAUUUUCAAAGUUUAAUAAGUACAACUAAUAUUUAAAAUUCAACCAGAUUUUGAAUACAACAUUUAUCAUCCUACAAAAAUGGGAUCAAAAUUACUUUUGUUCAGUGCCUUAUGUUUAUCAACAUUUUCAUUUUCCUGGAGUCAACAAACUCCAAUUGAUGACAAUCAAAUGGGCAUGAGCGUCCUCUACAAGAUGGUCAAUAUUUUUCUUGGGGAUGUCGUUCAUAAGGAUAAUUUAACAUCACAUAUAAACCUUACAAAUGUUAUUUUAAAUGAAGAUACAGAAUGGCUCAAAGAUUGGAAAUCUCUUCUGAAAUAUUGGAUAGGGUACUCGGUGUGUGUAGCUAUAGGCAUCGUGUUCAUCGUAGUGAUGCCCAUCAUAGGCCUGAUAUUCUGCUGUUGCCGCUGCUGUUGUGGGCGGUGCGGCGCCAAGAAAAAGAAAACAGAGUCCAAGAGAGGGCGGUGCAAGAGAAGAGCCUACUGCACCGUGUUGCUGAUCUUCAACACGGUGGCCUUAGCUGGGUGUAUCUGUGCCUUUAUCUGCAAUAGCCUGAUCUACCAGCACCUAAAGAAUGAUGACAGUCAAAGUUCUGUGGGCUACGUCAGUGAUGCCUUACAUGGUGUGGAGAACUUUCUCAACACUUCUGUUAUUAACGUGACAAAAUAUGUCAUUGAGACAUUUGACACCACGAGCCAGAAAAUUCGCAAGGAUAUAAAUGAUACAGCCAUUGAUGCAGUGGACACAGUAAUUGCUGAACUUCAUGCGAAAACUUUGCUGGACGAAGCCAAUUCUAUCAGUCAAGAGGCCAACUGGACAGUCCAACAACUGGAGCAAGUGCAGGCCAGUCUACUGGCACUGAGUGAUGAUGGCACACAGCUCAGCAAGAAUCUGACGGAGAUCAAACAAGACAUACAUGAAGCAUGUAAUGGUAUCAGUUGCUCGGGCUUUAAAUCUGAAGACUAUGACACCAACGCCAAUUUUUCUUCUCUGAAGUCUUUGAGUGAUGAAGCUGAGAAAGUGAAAAAAACUUUGAACAUGUCUUCAUAUAUUAGAGAGGCUGAAACAUCCCUAGAUAAUGCCAAACGAGAUGCUUCAAAUCAAAUUAAUCUUAAAAGUGGCGAUGUUGAUAAAACUAUCCUGGACGUCAGAAAUAAAAUUAAUAAGGGCAUGGAUGAGCUCAUAACUACCAAGGAUGAUGCUUUGAGAGAAUUCCCAUCUAUACUUAAAAAGAUAAACCAAGUUGAUGGUUAUAUCAAAGACUACAGUAGCUAUGGGUUCUAUGCGGGUAUUGGUGUCUGCUGUGCCUAUAUACUGAUAGUGGCACUGUAUUACGUUGGGAUCUUGUUUGGCCUAUGUGGUGAAAGACCUGGAGAUGGCGCUCCCUGCUGCAACACUGGCACUGGCUCAAACUUCCUCAUGGCGGGUGUGGCCUUUACAUUUCUUUUCUCCUCUAUCCUGAUGAUUGUGUGUACGGUGCUGUUUGCCGUGGGUGGACCCCUCUACACUGAUGCCUGUCGGUUCUUUGAUGGCAAAGAUCCUUCUAAGCUUCAGGUUUUUGAUGAGGCUCUGUAUAAAGGACUAAAUUUGAAAGAAAAAAUUUACAAAACUGCUCCAGAUGAUGUGUCGGUAUCUAAGAUUCUUCAGAAUUGUCAGAACAACACGGCAGUGUUUGGGGCUUUGUAUUUGGACUAUGCUAUAGAUUUGGACGAGAAAACUAAUCUAACUGAGUUUGAGAAGCAGCUGGAAGAUCUGAAGAACCAAAGUGCUAACUGGAACAUCCAAAACAUUUCCAUCCUAAGCCCUCAGCUCCAGAAUGAUCUAACCAACUUCACUGGAGUGUUUGAGAACAUCAAUUUUACUCAGUACUUUCUAGAGCUAGAAAAAAAUAUGACAAUAGCUGAGAUUCCAGUUUUGGUGAUGAUGGUCAAUGGAUUUGCUGAAAAGGAGAGCAGCUCGAGCACCAAAAACCAAACCAAGAUAGAUCUGCUCAGGAGUUCUGCAGACAGACUGAGUAAGCUGAACAAUGAGACCCUGCCCAGGAUGAGGAAUCAUUCUAACGAACUUAAUGUUACUUUGUCCAACUUGCAACAAAAAAGCACUCUAAAGAGUCAAGUAUUAGAUCUGAUAAAAAAUUUGACAGAAGCCCAAAAUAGAUUCAACUCCAACAAGAACUCUCUUAUUCAGCAGAAAAUCUCAGUGCUGGCUGACAAUAUUAUAAACUCUACAAAACAGAAACUUUCAGAUGUCAAGCAUGAGAUUCGAACGAACAUGGCCCCCUGUGCACCAUUAUCUAACGCAGUGUUUACCAUGAGUGAUGCUGUUUGUGUUUUGUUGAUAAAUCCACUUAAUGGCCUCUGGUUUAGCUUUGGCUGGUGUCUCUUCUUCUUUGUCAUCUGCCUCAUCUUUGCCAUCCUCCUCACCAGCCAGUACCGCAGAGAGAUGAAAUAUGAGAAAGACUUUGAUGACCCCCACUACCCAAUGUAUGGAGGCUCCAACCAAGACACCAUUCCCCUAACCAGUGUUGACCAGCAGACACGCAGGACCGCCCACCAGCACUACCCCGCUGGAAUGUCCAACGCCGGGUACCACCACGAGACCAAACCCGAGCACCUGCCACCACCGUAUGUAGAGAACCAGGGCAUGCCCCCGCCCAAGUACAAUGGACACCAGUACCAUGACCUGGCCUCAGCCUACCCAUCAGUGCAUGAUGGCAGGUCUAGCAGCAGUCACAGGGGCAAGAACUCAUAUUCUUACCCUUACUAACACUGAGCAUGCCAACUUUGUUUUUUUUUCUCUUUGUUUCGACAGACCACUGGUAACAUUCCUACCCAACUCUAACUUAGAUGCAAGCAGAAUCCUAGAUGAAAAGGCCCAUGAUAAAAUUUUGCUCCAUAGAACAGCUAAAGAACUGAAACUGCUCAACUAGGAGGUGGCGCAUCUGCUAAAUGAUGGCUCCCUACACAGUGUCUUGCCUUAAAGAACUAUUUUAUCUUGCAUUGCCUUAUCACUGUUUACAACUAGACUGUUUUAACAUAUCAUUCAAAAUUUCCUCCUAAAUUCCACUUUAUCAAUGGCAAAUUAAGUUACUAAAAUAUUGAUUUAUUCCACUGUAUAUAACAUUUUUUAAAUAUUGUUUUGUUAUUUAUUGAGUUAUCCCUAAAGUUUUCAUAUCAGUUGAACGAAGGAUCCAGUUUAACUGCCAGUUGUGUAGGCUGAGCCUGUUGUGCUCAGGCAGUGUGACAUCAUUCCUUAUGACUUAAAGACUUCUAGAAACUUGCGUUCAAUUAUCAAAACUUGAGGAGAAUUUAGUUUGUGUGAUAUUUGCAUAAUACAUUUUUAUUUUUAAAAUAUUGAAUAAAAAAACAUAAAAAUUUCUGAAUUAAAUUAACUCAUGCAUUUAAAAUUAAAUUUGUAAUAAGAAUAAGCCUAUAAAAGUGAAUGUUAACUGAUAGAAAUAUGUGAACUUAAAAUGUUUGUACUUAAUUAAUCUUAUAUUUUAAUGUUACUUCUUUAUAUAUCUACCGACAUCAUAACAUAAAAUAUUUAAAUGAAAAAUUAUUUUUACUUUUUGCCCAACCCAAGUACUAGUUAAUUUGUUUCCUAAAAUAACAAAACUAAGAAAUAGACUUACAUCUCCUUUUAACUUUAAUUAGUGCAUUUAAAACUAAUUUUCAGAAGUAUUCACAGUAUACAAUAUGUCAAACCUUGAGCAAAAUAUUUUUAAGAAUGUGUUGUCACCCUUUAAUUUUUGUCAUUUUUUUGCCUUGUUCAAAUGGGAUUUUGCAAUCACCAUAAAUUGUCAUUUUUACAUUAUUUUUUGAAAUAUUUUACAAUGUUAAGACUUACAAUUUACUGUAAAAUCCAAGAUGUUUACUUUCAAAUCCAAGAUGUUUACGGACCUCUAAUGGUUUUUACUUGAUAUCAUCAUCCGUAAGAGUUGAAGCCCAUUUUUCACGAGGGCACAGUGGGAGCAUAAUAUUGUCUGGAUCUUUCCACACUUCAGGGAUGGGCAGGUUUAGUGUUGUUUAUGUCAGAGAAAAUUGUGUUGCGCUCACCUUGUAGCAGUCUUUGUAAAAUAAAAUUAUUUUUUAAAAUUUUUGUCAUUUGAUAAUUUUACAUAUGUGCCUUUACGUUGAUUGCUGUUAACAUAAAAUAAAUGUGCAAUUUCUAUUGCUUAAAUUUUUAAAAUAAAUACAAACAAUUACUUGAAAUUUAUUUAUGUAAUUCAACAUAGUACGUUUACUUUUUUAAAUUAUAGAUUCACGUUCAUGUUAUUAAUUUUUAACCUUAAAUUUAAAAUGUUAUUUAGUUUUAUUUAUAACAGAGCUGUAAUUUCACGUCAUUUAAAUUGAUGUUGUUAAUGCUGCCAAUCACUUUGACCAACUGAUUAAAAAAACUUUACCUGUGGGAUGUGUUAAAAAUUUUAAAAUCCAGAAUUAGAGAUCAAAUUUUACUGAGAAUUUUUCCCUUUUUCUUUCUGGGUUUAGGCUAGAGUUUUAGAAAAUAUUGUGUUGAUUCCAAAUUUUCAUGAAAAAGUGGCUAUAAAUGACAUAAGUCAUAGGACUAUUUUUAUUCACAUUAAAAAAAAAGUGAUAUUUGACGUUUGUUUAUCUCAGAGUGGGAAAUUCCACAUUAUCUUUGGUCAUCUUCACAUUUUCUGUGGGAGAAGGUCUUGUGGUCAUUAUCACAUUUCCUGUGGGGGUUGUUAUUUUCACAUUUUGUGAGGGGAAGUCCUGUGGUCAUCUUCACAUUUCCUGUGGGUAAAGUCUUGUGGUAUCGUCACAUUUUCUCUAAAUACUUGAUGGAAGGUCCUCUGGUCAUCUAACUGCAUUCCAUGUUUAAAAAAAGUAAAUCCAGGCAUAGGUUGUGCAAUGAAUUUUGUGUGCUGGUGUAGUUUGGUGUGUUGAUGCAUGCUAUGAUUGCUGUGUGAGCUGGAUUAUGUUUUCCAUGGAGAAUUUGUUUUAACACAGUCGUUAGGUUCAUAAACUCCCUGGUCAACUUAAUAUUAUGUGGGGUGGGGGCCGUCGGUUAGUGUGUGGUCAACACAAUUUUCUGUGGGGACAGGUUAGUGUGUGGUCAACUCAAUUUUCU